AUGGUCAGCAUACCAGAUUGGGGCAAAUUUGCCCGCUCGAUAGAAUCGCCAACUAAAAUUGCUAACGUGGAAUCGAGAUUAGAGAGGAUACGCCAGGAGAAAUUCUACAAAGAAGCCGAAGAGAGGGGUUAUUUAGUGACGCUUUCCAAAAGUAUGCUCAGGGAAAACUGCAUCAAAAAUCCUAAAAGUGAAACGCUGAGAAGUAUCCAAAUGGUGCGAUUGGUAGGCGUACACCUCAGAGAUAUAGGUUGUAUAUACACUUGUAAAAGACUUCGGAUAUGCAUACUACAUUCUAAUUAUAUUAAUAAAUUCGAUGCUCUGAUAGCUUGUCCUGAAUUGGUUAAAUUGGACCUUCAUAGCAAUCAGAUAUCUAUUCUUCCUGGUGUUGAGUUCUGGGAAAACCUAAGUGAACUACGAAUACUUCAUCUUCAUAACAACCUGAUUGGACGACUUGAGCAUCUGCAGAGCCUUGCUGCCUGUCAGCAACUUGAUGCACUUACAUUGUAUGAUACACCAGUCAGCUUAAAGAGAGCCUACAGACAUCAUGUUGUGAAUAGCAUUUGGUCGUUGAGGGCGCUAGACAAGCAUGUGGUAUCAGAUGAAGAAAUCAUUGAAGAUGCCACAUUUGGUGGAAUGUUUUCAGCCAUCAGUCCACAUUUCUACAUUGACUUGAUGCCACCAUCAAGAAAG